ACAAAUUUUACAUGCAGGACAGGGACACUAAAUCCUCCGAAGCGCUAACUUGACUUUCAUCUGUGCGUAAGAAAGUUUCUGUAUUCGUUGGAAACAAUGUCGGAGCGACAGCGGGACAGAUCGUCGGUGCGGAAGCCAGCGAGUCGUGAGCAAGUGUUUCUAAAGCCAAUGAGACCUCCCCCGUAUCGUAGUAUGAAUGGCGGUUAUCGCUCCGAUCAUUCUGUACGCAGUGGUCCUGCUCUCGACGGAGGCCGGCGCCGACGACACGAUUCGUACUCUGAUCAGUACUCCGCGGUCAGUUCAGAUUGUGAGAGCAGCUGUAUUUGCAGUGAUUAUGGAGAUACCGAUUACAGCGUUCAUGAUGGCGAUGCGUAUGAAAUUCCAGUUCACUGGGGUUCUAGACCUAACUUUCCUAAGCAGGUGCUGCCCAAUCCUAUUUCUUGUAGACUGCGAUACGAGCAAGAACAUUACCACUACAACCGGAAGCAGCGGUUCACAACAAGAAAUGUUGCAUGUCAAGCGAGUCUUCCUCCAUAUGCUCCUGAUGAAUACCGUCUUUGGUCUUAUUCGCCGAAAGAGCCUGGGUACGUUGACGGACGUAGAAGGGUUGAUAAAAUAAUCUAUCCACAAGUUGGACGCCGGAGUGUCCUUGAACAGGACGAUCUAUUCGGGCGCUUGAAGGUCGGUGAAUCAAAUGAGAAAAAUUUAGAUUCAACGCAUUGUGGAAAUCUCAGGAAUCGUAAUUUUCGGCAUUUGAUAACUCUGUCGGGGCAUGAUUACGACACUGGCAGCCUGAAGUCCACGGCACCUAAUUUGAAUGUGCCCAAUGGAAAUUCCGGGGCGAUGAAAGCCAAUAUAGAGUCUUCCAGUGAUUCAAAGAAGCGGUGGACGAAGUUCGACUUGGUGAAGUGUCGCUACUGUAUGACUGCUGAUCUCCCGUCUGGUCAUGGCCUCUACAAUAUGGACGGGGAUGUGGUGUGUCCAGUUCUGAGCAAGUAUCAGUGCCCGUUCUGCAACGCGACCGGUACUAAGGCUCACACCUUGAAGUACUGCCCGCAAAACCCCAUCCUCAGGGGAGACAUCAAUAACAUUAAAAAGCUGCCUAAAGGCGCAGCCCCGGACUACCAUAGACUGGAAGCUUUCCGAUUGCGGCAUCCGAAGACUCAUUGUAAAUUCUGCGAGGAGAAAGGCUUCCAGUGCGAUCAUCCCUUCAGGGACCCAGAUGGCGGGAUAGCUUGCCCUGUGUUGUCCAGACAGGCCUGCCCGAUCUGCGGGGCUACGGGCAGGCUAGCGCACACGUACCCUUACUGCCCGGUCUACAAGGACCGCAUGCGGGGUACCCUAGACCCCCUUCUGGCAGACCUUAUGAAGGAGAAGUUCACGCACACUCUAGGGGGAGACAUAGAGCCUCUAGGAAACUCGGAACUGCCUCAAAAUAAGCGACCAAUACAGGCUUGUCCCGCUGAAGAAAAGUGCGAAAAGGUACCGAAUUCGUCGGACGAUUUGUUCUCUUCAGAAAAUGGCAAAGUUUCGUCAUCAGAAAAUCCAGAGAAGCAAAGUGAUGUCGACAAAUGCGUUUUUAAUAAUAAAAACAAAGGAGACCAGAUUUUCCCCUUGGAAAAAGAACAAGAAUGCUUCCGUAUUGACGAGAAUAAAGUCCCGAGGUGUGAGCCAUCGGAACCUGCCGGCCGAAUCUCGCCAGAUCUUAACAAAAUUUUAUUUGAAUUGUGCGAUAAUUUAUUUGAAGAAAUUGCUCCUAAUUCCACGUUGUGUGAAUUGCUUGCAAGAUUCGGCUCAAAAUCUUCGGAUACAUAUAACCUGAAGGAAGAAAUUCAAAAUGCCGAGUGUGGUCACUUUCCUGGAAGUUUGGACCAAAUGCACGAGCUGUACUCUAUUGUUCUGACAAACCCGGACGCAGUAAACGGCCUUGCUGAGAAACUCCGUCUCUGUGACGCUGAUGAUAAUAAUAACUGUGUCCAAAAACAGUGUAUCGCUUAA